AUGGCAGACAACUCAAAACAGAGCAAGCCCUCUGGGUCGUCUAAUGCGGCUAAGCCUCGCAAGAGAUUUGUUGGCAGCAAGUCUGCAGCGCCCUCCAGGCCGGGCAUGGCGUCCACAGUCGCAAACCAGAUUCCGCCCGACAUCCUGAAUGAUGCCCAGCUGAACGCAGCGAUCAAACAAUUACCCUCCAACUACUCCUUCGAAAUACACAAGACAAUCCAUCACAUACGGAAGAAUAAUGCCGAGAUGGUGGCGUUGCAGAUGCCGGAAGGACUGCAGAUGUUUGCCUGCACCAUUACCGACAUCAUUGAACGGUUCACUAAUGCGCUUACCGUGAUCAUGGGCGACGUCACGUACGGUGCAUGUUGCAUUGACGAUUACACCGCGAAAGCGCUGGGAUGCGACAUGCUGGUACACUAUGGGCACAGUUGUCUUGUACCCAUCGACCAGACAACAAUUAAGACCCUCUACGUGUUUGUCGAGAUUGCUAUCGACUCUUCCCACCUUCUCCAAACCAUUCGUCUUAACUUCCCAAACGACCGCCAAAAGUUCCAUGACGCACUUUUGGACUCCGAAGAAACCGACAGCUCGUCACGAAGCAUAUCCUACGAACCGACCCGUCUUGCACUAGUCUCGACAAUCCAGUUCGUAGCCGCACUGUCGCGUCUGAAGGACGACUUAACGACUGAGUAUGCCGACGCGCAAUCCCCCAAGCUCUGGACAGGCAAAUACGACGCCAAUAUACCGCGCUCUAAACCGCUCUCCCCUGGUGAGAUCCUUGGCUGCACAGCACCGACACUGGGUGACGUUGAUGCCCUCAUCUACUUGGGCGAUGGGCGGUUCCACCUCGAGUCCAUAAUGAUUGCGAAUCCCACCGUGCCUGCAUUCCGUUACGACCCCUAUUCCAAGAAGCUUACCCGGGAGCGGUACAACCACACCGAGAUGCGCACUAUUCGCGACGAGGCGAACGGCUUGCAGCGCUCGAGUCCCAGCAAAGAUAAGGAGCCGCCACUUUGGGGCGUCGUACUGGGCACGCUCGGUCGGCAGGGCAGCUUCAAGCAGCUGCAGGCGAUCACACACCAGCUCAACUCGUCGCGCACGCCCAUUCCGUACAUGCCGAUCCUGCUCUCCGAGCUUUCACCCGCGAAACUCGCACUUUUCGACCCACAUAUCUCGGCGUUUGUGCAGACGUCCUGCCCGCGUCUGUCGAUCGACUGGGGUUACGCUUUUGACCGUCCGCUGCUGACUCCUUACGAGACAGCGGUCGCGGUAGGCAAGGCAGUAGGCUGGAUGGAGGAGGUUAAGGGUGAUGAAGUGGUGAGACGGCAGGACAAGGGUGGUGUAUAUCCUAUGGAUUUCUACACGGCUGGCAGUCUGUGGGCAGUCGCCAGGACGAAAGCAUCGUAUUGA